CUUUGGAAGUCUGGAACAUUUACAGAUAAUCUCUUCAAUAUCACGUUUGACAAGGGUCAUUGUAUUAGUGAAUGGGGCAAAGAUUUUCGACCGCUGUAUAGUGAGCUGGGGAAUCUUCGAUGGUACCUUCCAGCUCACGUUCGAUUUCACACCGUGUCUGCAACCAUGCCACCGCACAUCCUCCUAGACGUCCAAUCGAAACUUCGCAUUCGGUCAUAUAACCUUGCUAAAGUUGUCCGGUCAAACAACCGUCCAAAUAUUCAU